AUGACAUUCAUUAUUAAAAAAGUUAAAAAUAUAUUUUCAACCAAAAAAAUAAAUAAUAAAACAAAUAACAAUAAUUUUAAAAAUGAAAAUUUAAAUAUUAAAAAUGAAAUUUUAAAUAAUAAUAAUAAUAAUAAUAAUAAUAAAAAUAAUAAUAAUAAUAAUAAUAAUAAUAAUAAUAUUGAAAAUAAUUCUAAAAAUGAAAAUUUCAAUAAUUUCAAUAAAAUUCAUAAUUCACCAAUAUCAUCACCAAAUUUAUCACCUUCACUAAAUUCAAUUGAUUCUAUUAAUUUAAAUAAAAUAAUUAUUCAAAAUAUUGAUAAUUUCGAAACAAAUGGAAAUAUUUUAAAUACGUCAUCUCCAUCAUUAAAUUCUAGUGUUGCUAAAAAUAAUUUUAUAAUUUCUGAUAUUCAAGAUAUUGAUUGGAACAAUUUAGUUAAUAUUGAACUUUUAAAUAACAAUAUUAACAAUAACAAUAAUACUAAUAAUAAUAAUAAUAAUAAUAUAAUUAUUUUAGUAACUUUUUAUAAUGGUUAUGAUGAUUUUAAUCAAGUUAUUUUGAAAUCAUCAAAUACAAUGGUACAAGAUGUAUAUGCAUCGGUAUUGCAAGUAAUUUUAAAAUAUCCAGUACCUGAAAUGAGAUUAAUUGAUAGUUGUGAAGAAGAAUUUAAUAAAAUGUCGAUUAAUUUAUUAAAACAAUCAAAACUUCAAUCAGAACAAUUAUUUAAUAUUAUUCAAACUCAAAUUGAAAAACCAUUUUUUUUAAUUAUGGAAUAUAAAAAUGGUGGAAAAUUUUUCUCACAAUUAAAUCAUAAAGAAUAUUUUUCAUCACAAAAGAAUGGUGAAAAAAAACUAAAACAAUUAGGUAAACUCCUGUCAUUUGAUUUAAUUUGUAAUAUAAAUAAUAAUAUAUGUAAUUUUAAUUAUAAUAAUUGUAAUAAUAAUAAUAAUAAUAACAAUAAUAAUAAUAAUAAUAAUAAUAAUAAUAAUAAUAAUAAUAAUAAUAAUAAUAAUAUUAACAAUUGUAAUAAUAAUAAUAAUAAUAAUAUUUCAUUAAAUAAUAGUAAUAAUAAUUUAAAUUCAAUUUUUAAUAAUAAUAAUUUUAAUAUUUUUUCAAAUAUAAUAUUUUAUGAACAACCUGAUAAAAAUGGAUGGUAUUUUGGUAUAAUUCAUUCAUCGAUUUUAUGUUUAAAUAGUUCAUCAUUUACACCUGGAUAUAGAAAUACAAUGGAUCGUAUUAAAUUAUUAUUAUUUUCAAUUUUUCAAAAUCCUACAACAGAAUCAUUACAAAUUUAUCAUUUUAGAAAAUAUUUAUCAAAUAAUUGUAAUAUUAAUUUACCAUCAUCAUCUGUACAUUGGUCAACCAAUAUUCAAAAUGGUAUUGCAAAAGGAAUAGAUGAAUUAGUUAAUUCUUUAAAUUAUCAAGUUUUUGCCAGUACCAAACAAAUUGUAAACAAUAUGAUAUUUUCAACAACUGAUCAAAACAAUAAUAAUGUUAUUAUUAACAAUAACAAUAGUUUUACUUGGAAAAAAGGUAUUGAUUUAAUAUAUAUUCCUUUUUUAUUUGACGUUUUAAAGGAAAUAAUAAUUGAACAUUCAAAUUAUAAAAAUAAAUCUAAAAAAUAA